AUGGCGAGUUAUGACAGGGACAAAGUCGAGAUGGGGGUGAACGAGAAGGAUGUCGCGGAAGCCGUUCCCGACUCCGAAAAUGAUAUACACUAUGUCGCGACUGUUAUUGACAAUAAUGAUCAACUGAAACGACACCUGGGCAAUCGUCAGAUUCAGUUGAUCGCCAUUGGUGGUUCGAUUGGUACGGCGACCUUCGUGAGCAUUACGGCUGGCUUGACGAAAGGUGGACCGGGUAGUUUGUUUUUGGCCUACACUAUUUACUCUUGUAUGAUGGGACUGGUCAAUAACUGCAUGGCUGAAAUGGCGGUUUUUAUGCCCGUCAGUGGUGCUUUUAUCCGCAUGGCUGGUAAAUGGGUUGAUGAAUCCUUUGGCUUCUGGGCCGGGUGGAAUUUCUUCCUUUACGAGGUCUUACUGAUUCCCUUUGAGAUCACGGCCCUUAACUUGGUAUUGACUUUCUGGCGAGAUGACAUUCCGGUAGAAGCAGUAGUCGCUGCUUGUAUCGUGAUUUACUUUAUUCUCAAUGCCUUUACCGUGAAAUGGUAUGGUGAAGCAGAAUUUUGGCUCGCAACAGGAAAGGUCAUCCUAAUCCUCAUUGUCUUCCUCUUCACAUUCAUCACAAUGGUCGGUGGUAAUCCGAAACAUGACGCUUAUGGAUUCCGAUACUGGAACAACCCAGGGUCUUUUGCGGAAUACAUCACAACGGGGCCACUAGGUCAAUUUGAGGGAUUUCUCGGUGCGCUUUGGAGUGCCUCGUUCACUAUUGUUGGACCCGAGUAUAUGGCCAUGGUAGCUGGUGAGACAAAGCUACCUCGAAGAUACUUGAAGACUGCGUUCAAGACUACAUACCUCCGAUUCGCAUUCUUCUUCAUCGGAAGUGCGCUGUGUGUGGGAAUUGUCAUCCCUUAUAACGACAAGACUCUGUUGGAUAUUUUGUCAGGCUCCGCCGCUGGCUCCGGAACCGCCGCCGCCUCUCCUUAUGUUAUCGCUAUGAAUAACCUCGGCAUCUCAGUACUCCCACAUAUCACGAAUGCACUAUUGGUGACUAGCAUUUUCUCCGCUGGCAACGCUUACACCUAUUAUGGAGCUCGUAGUCUCUACAGUCUCGCUCUACAAGGACAGGCACCAAAGAUCUUCAGAAAGUGCACCAAGAAGGGCGUUCCCAUCUACUGCUUGCUGGUCGUGAUGAUUUUCCCCUUCCUCGCUUUCCUCAAUGUAUCCAAGGGAUCUUCAACAGUUUUGACCUGGUUGACGAACAUCAUCACAGCCGCGCAGGUCAUUGACUACAUUAUCAUUUGCAUCACAUACAUAUUCUUCUACCGCGCCUUGAGGGCACAGAACAUCGAUCGUCGCACUCUGCCCUACUAUGGCUACUUCCAACCCUACUCGGCAUGGAUUGGGUUGGUCUGGAUGACAAUGAUCGUCUGCACAUACGGCUACUCGACAUUCCUGCCCGGAAACUGGGCGGUCGGCGAUUUCUUUACAUACUACACCAUGGUUUUGAUUGCGCCAGUUUUGUUCUUUGGAUGGAAACUUAUCAAACGGACUAGAUUCGUCAAGGCACAAGAAGCAGAUCUUAUUUGGGAUAGACCUGUGAUUGACGCGUAUGAGGCCUCUUUUACUGAAUACGCCCCGGGCUUCUGGACGGAAAUUCUACAGAUAUUCGGCCUUCGAAGGAAUCGCCGAGAGAAGCGGGAAAUAUAG